AUGGCUUUGGGAGUCCUCAAUCCACCCAUGAAGAGUUCCCCCCGGGAGAGUGAAUGUUUAGACAGCAGUUCCACGGAGGAACCGGAACCGGAACCUCCACUGAAAAGCUAUCUUAUUUUAAGCAUGUUUACCUGCUUGUGUCCUGCUUACCCCGUCAACAUUGUUGCCUUGGUCUUCUCUCUCAUGUCUCGGAGCAGCUACUACAACGGCGACUAUGACGGCUCUCUGCGGCUGGGCAGGAACGCUCUCUAUGUGGCCAUCGCCUCCAUCUUCAUCGGCCUCCUCAUCAUCGCCAUCAUCUGCGUCCUCCACUUUACGCCCAUGUAUCACUGAGAGAAGAAGAGGAAUAUAAGAUGGAACAAGACUUACGUUUGGAAUGAACUGAAUGG